AUGAAAUCGAAAAAAGAAACUAAUGGUACAUACAUAUAUCUUGGAAUAACAAACAUUUUGAAAAAUAGUAUUUUUCCUGAAAAUAUUGCAUUCCCUGGAAAUGUAAUUAAACUUUUGAUAAACAUUGACGGAUUGCCUUUAUACAAUAAGUCUUCAAUUCAAGUGUGGCCCAUCCUAGUCCAAAUUUUACAUCCGGACUAUUAUUGUAAGCCUUUCUUAGCUGGAAUCUUUUGUGGAGACUCUAAACCUGAGGACGUAGAAGAGUUUUUAUAUGACUUUGUUGAAGAGAUUAAAGAGGAAAUUCCAAAUGGAGUGGAAGUCAAUAACAAAAAAUACGAUGUCGAAAUUUCUGCAUUAGUAUGCGAUAUGCCAGUCCGAUCAUAUAUUAAGUGCACGAAAUCGCAUACAGGAUUUUACUCGUGUGAAAGAUGCGAGACACGUGGGAAGACUGUUAACAAAAAGCGAGUGUUUCCAAAAAUGAAUAGGAAAAAGCGAACAAAACAUUCAUUUACGAAUCCGAGAACAAAAAACCAACGACUACAUCAUAUACCAAACAGGAUAUCACCAUUACUAAAAAUUCUAAAUUUUGAUCCUGUCAGUCAAGUUCUUCUGGAUUACAUGCAUCUUCUUUGUAAUGGUUGCAUGAAAACUUUGUUGGAAAGGUGGUUAGGACAAAAAAGAAAGAAAGGAAAAUUGAAAACAAAGGAUAGGAAAAAAUUAACAAAGUUACUCUCAAAAUUAAAAGGUUCAAUUCCCAAUGAAUUUCAAAGGAAAACUUUUGACGGAUCAGAUUUGACAAAAUGGAAAGCCACUCAGUUCAGGUUUUUUUUAUUAUAUGUUGGAACCAUAAUCCUUCGAUUUGUCCAUUCGAAAGAAUAUUAUUCAAAUUUUUUAAAUUUAUCAGUUGCUUCUCGAAUGCCACCCAACUUUGUCUCUCACUCAUGUGCGUGAAGCUCGAAAACUUUUAAGAAAAUUUUUCUCUAAAUUACCUGAAUUGUAUGGAGACGAUUUUCAAGUCAUGAAUUUACACAGUACGUUACACUUGGCGGAUGACGUUGAGAAAAUGCAGGCCCCGUUGACAGCAUACUCGGCUUUCCCUUUUGAGAACUUCUUAGGGUUGAUUAAAAAAUUGAUAAGAACGCCAAGAAAUCCGCUACAGCAAAUUGUCCGACGAUUAUCCGAAGUAGGUAUCUCAAACCUGAUUACAAAAAUUCCAGAACUGAGUAAUCGUGUUGAAAGCGGGGAAAGAACAUUACUUGAAAUUGAUUAUACGUCAAUCAAUGUAAAAUCAUUUCAGUUAAGCGUUAAUUAUCCAAACAAUCUUGUUCAACUAACAUCAGGCGAGUUCGUGAAAAUUCAGAGAAUUUUUUGCAGUUCUCAGGAUACGAACACUGUUUUUAUUCAGGGUCCAACAAUUAGGAAAAAAAAUCUGUUUGAAUAUCCUAUACCGUCGUGUGAAUUGGGGUUGUUUAUUCAACAAUCGGUGAGGGUUUCUUCAAACAUUUACCCUACGAGUUUAAUUGAAAGAAAAGCCUUUUGUAUCACAAUGUAUGAAACUACAUAUUUAUUUAAUU